AUGAUACACGGAGCGCAUUUCCGUGGUGGUAUUAUUUCAUGGCGUCCCUUCAAUAGUACACCAUCGGGUAACUAUGCCAAAAUUCAGGUACAUCAAAGAUAUUUUUGGAAUCGGCGAUGGGGUAGUUUUAGCGCACCUUAUUGUGAUGAAUCAGAUGUCGCUACUCAAACAUUAAUUCCUGUCAAUUCACUCAUGACAUGUUUACAAAACUGUUCAAGUUCUAACUAUUCUUCACUUUCAACUAAAAUGACAAGUACAGAUUGUGAUGCAAACGUACUAAUUGACUCAUGGGCUGGUGAACGCUACGAUAAUUUGACAUUGCCGUUGACAACGUCAAUUACAAUUGGCUUUGUCUCCAAUGCAUGGUUUAACUCACUCUAUAUUGGUGGCGGUGGAGGUUGGUCAAUUGUUAAUCGACUAAAUUUAGGUUUGAGACCCGAUGGUUACAUCAACACAAGUCCUGUUACAAAUACAUUACCAGUAGUUUUUGUUCCAGUGAAUACACGAACAGUUCACAUUGUACAAAUGGCAGAUAAUGAUGCUACCGACAUAUUGAAAUGUCGUUGGUCCAAUUCCGCAUCUACAACGAACUAUAAUCGUGAAGAUGAAUGUGACGGCGUCUGCAGUGGACUACCUGCUUCAACUGUACUCUUUCAAUCCAAUUGCACAUUAGUUUUUACCCUACCAAUAACUAGUCUCUAUUACGCCUGUGCACUGCAAAUCGAAGAUUACUAUGAUUCUUCCUCCGCAACUCCAAUGAGUUCGGUUCCAAUACAAUUUUUAUUCUAUGCAUAUACACCUUCAGCAAGCGCUUGCGCAACUCGUCCAGCAAUCAUCGGUGCCCGUCCGAAUAGAGCCUGUAUUGGAGUUCCGAUAGAUGUUCAAUUGACUGAAAGUGUAAUUGUACAGACAUACUGUGCCGGUCAAAAUAUUGUUGAUUUUGUCACUAGCUCACCUAUUGGAAUGACACAUAGUGCGAUUAGUAAUCCAAGUACUAAUCUAUGGACAAUGACAUUGACUUGGACACCAAAAUUAGCACAAUCUGGUCCUCAAGGCUUCUGUGCUGGUGCAAUUGACAAUCGAAAUCUGCAAUCAGACCCAUGGUGUAUUACGUAUCUAGUUGAUUAUACAUCACCGAAUAUAAUUCGUCCUACAGUUGUACAGGGAUCAGCAAGCCCAAUUGGUACUGUCUUUGCAAAUCAGUCGAUAUUUGCAAUAAUGGCUACAAAUCCUGUUGGUCGUCCAAGUCGCAAUGGAACAUACAUCUGCUUUAACGAUGCAGCUACAAAUACGUCAGUAGUAUGUUAUGAUGCUGGAUAUGCUUCGAAUCUAUUCUAUACCGGAUACACAGUUACAAUCAUUACAAAUGUAACAUGGACUUAUGGUCAUACUUAUUAUGUAACUAUGGAUAGUGGGUUUGCUAGUGGAGAUGUAUUCUGUCUUAAUUCACUUGAUGAUGUUAAAGCUGUAGCUAAAUCACAUAAUGUGUGUCAAUAUCGAACAAAUAAUCUUAAAGAUCAUGCAAAAUACUCAUUUAAAUGUAGUUAA